GACUAGGACCUGUGGGCAGCUCUUCCUGCUGUUGUUCGUCGUGCUGAGUGACGUGGGACGACACAGGAAACUUUAACACAGUUCCUGUUAAGCAGAGCCAGGUGGUUUUUGUGAAUCAGCUGUCGUGGAGAGUACAAAUUCCAAUCGGGGUGGAUUCACUUUUCUGUAUCCUCUGUCUCUCCGCCUCGGCUUUAUUCUCGCUAUCUCGGUCUCCCUCCCUCGCUCUCUCUCUCUCUCUCUUUCUCUAUCCUUCUCUUACUCCCACUCGCCUGUGAAAGUACUAUAUCGGCAAGAGCUCUAUGUUGCAGAGGGACGAUCAUUGGCAAAAGACACAAUAAAUGCGAUUAAAGUUAGCCAUCGUGGCCAGACAACCAACGCCGGAGACACGUUGAAAAUGGCUGGCCAUGUUCCGGGGAUCAAAGACUGAAGUGCCUGGGAACUUUUCUGGAACUGUCGUGCCCCUGUGAUUGUGUCUGUGUGCUCAGGGAGGCUAUUUUGCAAAGCGAGACCAAUCAUUUCUCUUGAUUCCCUGACUGAGAGCUGGCUGACAGAUGAGGACGGAGUGAGCGAACCCCUCUAUUAGGACCUGAUAUAUUUCCCAAACAAUUUAGUGUAUUCAUGAGGCAACGCAAAUGUGGAAGCAGCAAAAUUACCGUAAUCAAUUGAAACAGCGAGCGUGUCGAUCCAUCGCUCUGAUUAUUUGGAGAUGAUCUAUCAGCCUGAUGUGUAUGUAACAAGGCGAGGUGGCAUUACAUCGCUUUUAAGUUUCAGUGAUAAGUCCAUGAUCAUUGGGCAAGUGAGUUGGACAAUGAAAAUAGGGCACCUUGGCGGGUGAGGCAAGCGUUCCCCGAACAUUAGGUAGGUGACUCUCUGGUCUAAAAGGUGCUGUUUUAAAACAAAGCCACACUGUUGAGACAACACAACGCGCAAUACUCUCUGCAAUCCCUUUUUUCAUCUGACAAAGGAAAGAAAGUGGGGGAAGAAAGAAAUAUCGGAGAGGAUAAGUGAUUAUGGAGGUCAGAUACAACCAGGAGACAGAACCGGGGAUGGGGCUGAAGAAUGGACUAAAGGAUGGGAAAGACAGCAAGGAUUCCCAGGCGAACCUUUCCAAAACCUUCCUAAAGGAUCAGCAGGAGUCCUUCUCGCCAUCUGGGAUGGUGGAGAACUGUGAGAAGAACCGGGCGAGCACGGGGGACCCAGACUACUGCCGGAGAAUACUUGUCAGAGAUGCCAAAGGGUCUAUACGAGAAAUCAUUCUGCCAAAGGGACUGGAUUUGGACCGUCCCAAACGAACCCGGACCUCUUUCACCGCAGAGCAACUCUAUCGUCUGGAGAUGGAGUUCCAGAGAUGCCAGUAUGUGGUUGGGAGGGAACGAACAGAACUGGCCCGCCAGCUAAAUCUAUCUGAAACUCAGGUUAAAGUUUGGUUCCAGAACCGACGCACAAAGCAGAAAAAGGACCAGGGCAAAGAUUCAGAGCUGCGCUCGGUGGUGUCGGAGACGGCGGCCACCUGCAGUGUAUUAAGACUCCUAGAGCAGGGCCGGCUCCUCACGCCGCCAGGUCUGCCGGGGCUCCUGCAGCACUGUGGCAACGGCACCUUGAGUGCCGCCCUGCGAGGGCCCUCCAUGGGCAUGGCCAGCAAUGGAAGCAGCAGCAGCAGCAGUGGUGCCAGCUCAGGGACGGCCGGUGGCAGUCCCCCUCUGCCCAUAGUGACCAGUUCAGGGACGGUAGCGGGCCUCCAGAGCUCCCCGUCAGCUCAUGGACUGUUCAGCUUCCCCAUGCCCUCUCUGCUGGGAAGCGUGGCCACCCGCAUGUCCUCCAACCCGCUUUCUAUGGCCGGGAACCUACAGGAACUGUCUGCCCGCUACCUGAGCUCUUCUGCUUUUGAACCUUAUUCACGGACCAAUGGCAAGGAGAGUAUGGACAAAAACGUUUUCGAAUGAUGUUUUUGAUUCGUUUCGUUGCUCUCCUUGCUUUUUAUUGUCUUGGUUUUGUUUGUUUCGCCCUCUUUUGUCCUGUUUGUGUUGUGGUUGUCGUUCAUGUAAAUCCAACUGAACAUCUGAUGCCUCUCAGAGGGAGGAAAACAAAGACAUACAUUUCAUUCUUAUAAGAACAGGGUGAUUGUUUUUAAGCUUUUGCACUAAAUUAAAGUUUCAUCUCCAUGUUGUGAAUUUCAAUACAAGUACUCAGAGAAACAAAUAUCCAUGAGAUUGCAAAGGGGAAGCAUUGCAUUUUUUUUGCCACAUUUUCUCACAUUUAUUUUGCCGCAAUAGCAAUCACAAAAAGAGCCACAAAAAUGAGUCUGUUUAUGUUUUGGUAACACAUCACACAUGUUUAGCUGCUGGAGGUAAUUGGCACAUUACACACAAAGCUUUUCAGUGAUUGGCCAUGGGUGUAACAUGAUGGUACCUUUUUGAUUUUGUGUUUUAUUAUUUGAUUGUUUGGGUAGACGGUGUCACAGUGUUUCGAAGUAGAGAGUUAUCAAGCAUUACAGCUUGUGAAGUUCAGGUGACAGACUGUCAGUUCAGGAUGGCAUGGUGAACUUGGAGUUCGGCCCUUGUCAAAUAUGACAUUUCAGUUUACGGAAAUAUCACAGGUCUCUUUUUCCAUUUGCAGAUACUCAUGAGGAACACAGGCAUUUAACAUACAAAUGCAUUUACAUAUGCAGAUGUUUUGCAAUAUUAAGCUACAAUAACAGUAUUUUAUACCAGUUUGUAUUUGUUUUUAUGUUUGGGCCAAAACAAACUAAAGAAAAAUG